CAUUUCAUUUCAUUUGAUUAAAACAAUACCCCACCAAUUUGUGCAGUUCAUUUUCACACCUCCAUUCUCAAACUUGCCAUCAACAACAACUACCUAAAUUUUCGAUCUAAUUUCAACUUUUUUUCAAUCUUUUAAGUUGAGAGUCGAAAAAAGAAGAAGAUGUUGUGUUUGGGUGUAGUUGGUGGUGGGGCCACAACAUGUCUUCAACUAAACAAUAACAAAAGAUUCAUUCAUCUAAAUAACAAAAAAUGUUUCAAUAAGAGGUGGCGUGUCAUGGCACUUGAAUUUGAAUCAGACUCUUCUUCUUUUGCAUCUUCUAUUGAUUCUUCUGAUACCACUGAUAAAAACUCUGCUACUGGGUUUUGUAUUAUAGAAGGACCUGAAACUGUACAAGAUUUUGCUAAGAUGGAACUUCAAGAAAUUCAGGAUAAUAUUCGGAGUCGAAGGAAUAAGAUUUUUUUGCAUAUGGAAGAGGUUCGUAGGCUUAGAAUUCAGCAAAGAAUUAAAAAUGCUGAACUUGGAAUUUUUAAAGAAGAGCAAGAGAAUGAACUUCCUAAUUUCCCAUCAUUCAUUCCAUUCUUGCCUCCUUUGACUUCAGCAAACCUCAGGCAGUAUUACGCAACCUGUUUUUCUCUUAUUAGUGGGAUAAUUCUUUUUGGUGGUCUCCUUGCUCCGAGUUUGGAGCUUAAGCUUGGAAUAGGUGGCACAUCUUAUGCAGAUUUUAUUCAAAAUAUGCAUCUGCCUAUGCAGUUGAGUCAGGUUGAUCCUAUCGUGGCAUCAUUCUCCGGUGGGGCUGUUGGAGUAAUCUCUGCAUUAAUGGUUGUUGAGAUAAAUAAUGUAAAACAACAGGAACAGAAAAGAUGCAAAUACUGCCUUGGUACUGGAUAUCUUGCAUGUGCUCGAUGUUCAAACACGGGAGCACUUGUCCUGAUUGAACCGGUAUCCUCUUUCAAUGGUGGAGAUCAGCCUUUAUCACCACCAAAAACCGAGAGAUGUUCAAAUUGCUCCGGAUCUGGCAAGGUCAUGUGUCCAACAUGUCUUUGCACUGGAAUGGCUAUGGCAAGCGAACAUGAUCCACGAAUUGAUCCUUUUGAUUAGAUGUUUAAUAGUCUUAUAGAUAUUGUAAGUAGGCAAUUUGAAAUUGUAUGAUGGGUUUGGUAUAUGUUUCUGUUGUGGAAUAAUGGAAUUUUUGUAAAUAUGUAUAAACAUAGUAAUAUGCAAAAGAAAGCAGAUAAGGAUCGAAAGAUCUGGAAAUAUCCAUAUUCCCAGAGAGACGGAUAUGAUACCCCGACUCAGUUCCAUCUUGAUACCAUUCGGAACAGAAUGGUUUCCUUUAUUUAUGAGAAUUGAAUGUGUUGCAACAA